AUGUCGUUAGUUGAACCCAAAAAUUGUUGUUGUUCGAGUACUAAAUUUGAUGAACAUCGUUGGGUUAAGCAAAUCCAACAGAUAUUUGAUGAAGAAAUCGAAGACGAAAGCGAAAAUGAGGCUUCAAUAUAUGAUGUGCCAAAAGCAUUAAGGGAUACAAACCCUAAUGCUUACACUCCUCAAUUAGUUGCAAUUGGUCCUUAUCAUUAUAUGUGUCCUAAGCUUCAAGAAAUGGAAAGGUACAAGCUUUGUUCAGCCAAGAGAUUUCAAAACCUAAAACAAGGUAGUUGUACAACAAAAUUGCAUUCCGUUGUCGAUCAAUUCAUGAUAAUCGAACGUAGAAUUCGAGCAUGUUAUCCUAAGAAUUCGAACAUAAAACCGGAAACUCUGGCUUGGAUGAUGGCGAUUGAUGCUGUUUUUGUGCUAGAAAUUUGCGAUGUUUAUUGCGUCAAAGAAGAAAAAAUGUUAUUUCCGAUUAUUUCCAAGAUGGUAGAUUAUAAUGCUAUAUUGAGGGACAUUAUAAUGCUAGAAAACCAAAUUCCUAUGUUUGUUUUAAGACAAAUCCUAGAUUUUCAAUUUCAAUCUUCAGAUUCAUCUGAUACAACAUUAGAUUUGAUCUUAAAUGGGUUAUGGAAACAUCUUUCUCCUUUCAAAAUGUUGAAUUGUAAACAAAUUCGAAGUUCAGGUUGCGAACACAUCCUUGAUUACAUCUAUAAAUGUCUAGUGCCUAAAGUAGAAGAUCAAAUUGUUGAAAUCUAUGAUGAACAAGAAACCAAUGACGAAGAAAGAAUGGUAUGCACGUUACUUUCAAGAUUAAUGGAGUUAUUAGGUCAAAUCCAUCUUAAACUUGUUUUACAAUUGCCAUUAAUCUUCGUUUGUAGUCUUCCAGGGUUUACCAUCUUCCAAGCCCUUCUCUUGACUCACAAAGAUAGUUUUCAAGAUCAUGUCAUUUCUCAAUCAAUUCAAGACAACUUAGUAGAAGAGAUUACGAUCCCAUCAGUAAAAGAAUUAUCAGAGUCUGGAGUCAUAUUUAUGCCGACAAAUGGGGAUAUCAUGACUAUAAACUUCGAUGACAAGAGUAAAAAACUUUAUCUCCCUACUGUCAGCAUAGACAUGAACACCGAAAUACUCUUGCGAAAUUUAGUAGCAUAUGAAGCAUCGACUUGUUCGGGUCCAUCGAUCUUAGCUCGUUAUAUUGAGCUAAUGAAUGGUAUAAUCGAUACCAAAGAUGAUGUGAGAUUGCUAAGAGAAAGAGGAAUAAUACUCAACUACUUGAAAAGUGAAGACGAAGUAGCAAAUUUGUGGAAUGGAAUGAGUAAAUCAUUGAGAUUAACAAGAGUUCCCUUGUUGGAUCAAGUAAUUGAAAAUGUUAAUAAGUAUUAUAAAAGAAAUUGGAAGGUUAUAUUAUACAAGUUUAUUAGAGCUUAUGUGAUGAACUCAUGCAAAAUCUUGGCAACCUUAUUAGUGUCUCUAAUUUUGCUAUCACUCAUAUUACAAGUAUUAUCCUCCUUUUUGUUUAGGAGUAGUCCUCAAAUGGUUGGUCCACAAGCAAGAGGAUAA